AAACGGACCAUACGCAGAACAAGACACUCACAAUUGCUCGCAUAGUAGUCAAGAUGCCACACUCUGUGACCCCAGAAUCUACACCAGCAGAUGACUCGUCUAGGACCAUCUCACAGGCAGGUAGCAUCAAAUCUGAGCCAGAUACCCAAGAUGUCGCCAUGGAGGAUGCACCGACACCACCCGUGGCCGAGAAGUCAAAGAUCAACCUAGAAGAGCUUUUCGACGACGAGGACUCAGAUGAUGAGUUCCCAUCAAGUGCUCCAGUGCUCAAAGAGGAGGAGCUCUCACAACCCGCCCCGCUCAAGAUAUCGUCCAGAUCUGCCUUCUCUGACCCCGAAAUAAUGCGCGCCUUCUACCAACGCCUCUUCCCCUUUCGCCAACUCUUCCAAUGGCUCAACCACUCCGCAACACCGUCUCCACACUUCGCGCACCGCGAAUUCGCUUUCACCCUUCCCAACGAUGCCUACCUGCGCUACCAGUCCUUCCCUACAUCAGACCUACUCCGAAAACAAUGCAUUCAGAUGCUCCCGUCUCGAUUCGAAAUCGGGCCAAUGUAUUCCACGAAUCCAAGGGAUAGAAAGACGUUGCGGAAAGCGAGUGCGUUCAAGCCUGUGAUGAAGGAACUGGUGUUUGAUAUAGAUAUGACGGAUUACGAUGAUAUCAGGACGUGUUGUACGGGCGCGAGUAUAUGUCUCAACUGCUGGUCGUUCAUCACAAUGGCGAUUAAGACCAUCGACAUCGCUUUACGCGAGGACUUUGGUUUCAAGCACAUUCUAUGGGUGUACUCCGGCCGUCGUGGUGCCCACGCAUGGGUAUGCGAUAAACGCGCGAGAGAAAUGGACGAUCAGAAACGGAGAUCCAUUGCAGGGUACCUCGAACUACUCAAAGGAGGCGAUCAAGGUGGCAAGAAAGUCAAUGCGCGACGGCCACUGCAUCCGCAUCUUGAACGCAGCUUGAAGAUCUUAAAGGAGCACUUCCAGACAAGCAUACUGGCGGAACAAGAUCCCUGGGCUAGCGAGGAGAAAUCUGUGCAGUUGCUCAAUUUGCUGCCAGACCCAACGCUCAAAGCUGCCCUACAGAAGAAAUGGGACUCUUCGCCCUCGCGCCCCAGUGCGGCAAAAUGGGCUGACAUCGAUGCGUUGGCCAAGUCCGGCGCCUUGUCAAAGACCCCGAGGGACCUUCUGGAAGCGAAACAGGACAUCAUUCUGGAAUACACUUACCCCCGCCUCGAUGCCGAAGUUUCCAAGAAGUUGAACCAUUUGCUCAAGAGUCCGUUUGUGGUGCAUCCUGGUACUGGACGAGUAUGUGUGCCCAUCGAUACAAGGAAAGUAGAAGAAUUCGACCCUCUGAGCGUUCCUACCGUAACGCAGCUUCUCACAGAAAUUGAUGACUGGGAGGGCGAAGAGGGAGAGAAAAAGUUGCAGGACUGGGAGAAGACGAGUUUGAAGCCCUAUGUCGACUACUUCAGGCGAUUUGUUGCGGGAUUAUUGGAAGAGGAGAAGCCAGUACUCAAGCGGGAAAGAGAGGAUGGCGCGGAUGCUAUGGAGUUCUGAACGAAGUCUAAUGAGGCAAUGUUUGGAGUCUGGUGUUUUUGUAUCACAAGUAUACUUCUAGCUUUUCUUCUCAGUAUUCAACGCAGAUCUCUUCUGGUGGCUUCACUAAGCCUUGACUGGAUACCUUCAUGUAGUUUCACAGAUGGGAAUAUGUAGCAAAGAUUCACGAUAGCCGUAAACUAAACUAUGGUUGCAAACAACUUGGAUGUAGACAGUUUAUAGAUGGUUUGGCAAUUGUGUGGAUAUCU